UUUUUUGAUAAGUUAAUUUCAGUCUACAAGUAAGCUUAUUACUUGUUAAAGUUAAGAUGCAGUAGGUAAUGCCCUCUUUUGUCUAACCAUGUACUUGUCAAAGCUUGUAUAAAUUAUUAGUUAUGAAUGAAAAAUGCUGAGAGCCUUUUCCAGCAAUUGUAAGAUCUGUUUUUCCUCUCUUCUCUUCCUCUCUGCUUUCCUUAAUUUUUAUGACAUGAUAUCAGAGCACCAUUGAUCUUUCUAGGGCUGUGAGUGUUUAAGAAGAAAACCAGCAAGGCUUCCCCUCCUUAAAAGACUCCAAACACCUGAUAACUAAAGAAAUGGCUUCCAGCAACUAUGAGACCCAACACCUCUACCUGAGAAUCCUUCUCUUGCACAGAUCAAGAUGCAUAGUGAAGAACGUGCAAAGAAAUUUAAGGCUCUGUCAACUAUCCAUGCAUCUGUUACAGAUGUAAUAUUCACAAGAGUAAUGACUUGUGAGACGGCAAAACAAGCUUGGGACAAGCUUAAGGAGGAGUAUCAAGGUACUGACAGAACAAGGCUCAUUCAAAUGCUGAAUUUAUGGAGGGCGUUUGAAGUUUUAAAGAUGAAGGAUGUUGAGACUAUUAAAGAUUACACUGACAGACUCAUGAAGUUUGUAAAUCAACUGAGAUUGAUUGGUGAGGAGCUAUCUAAUAAGAGGAUUAUGCAAAAGGUUCUUGUUAGUGUUCUUGAUAGGUUUAAGUCCAAGAUUUCAACCGUGGAAGAAAAAGAUCCUUCUCAAAUUACUCUAGCGGAAGUGAUUAAUGCAUUUCAAGCUGUGGAACAAAGAAGAACCAUCAGACUUGAAGAUGCAAAUGAAGUAGCCUUUCAAGCAAAAGUUAAAGACAAGGACUCAAGUGGCAAUGGAGGAAAGAAGCAAUCUGGAGAAAGGAAAGAGAAGGAUAAAAAGGAUGGUGAUGGUAGUAGAAAUGGAAGAAAAGGGAAGUUUCCCCCAUGUCAUCACUACAAAAAGAGUUCCCACACUGAAAACUAUUGUUGGUACAGGCCAAAUUUGAAGUGUAGAGCUUGUAAUCAACUUAGGCAUGUAGAAAAGGUGUGCAAAAAUAAAGGUAAUCAGCAGGGACAGCAAGCACAGGUGGUGGACAACCAAGAUCAAGUAGAAAAGAAGUUGUUUGUGGCUGCAUGUCAUGCUACUAAUAGUGGCAAGGGUUCUUGGCUUGUUGGUAGUGGCUGCACAAGCCAUAUGAUAUCUGAUGCUGGAAUUUUUAGGCAUUUGGAUAGAACCUACUACUCAAGAGUCAAAAUGGGAAAUGGAGAGCAUUUAGAGGUGAAGGGAAAAGGUGUUGCACAAGUGGAAACACCAUCAGAAGUUUUCGCGAACAAGAAGGCAUUCAACACCAGUUGACUACUCCUCACACUCCUUAAUAAAAUGGGGUGAGUGAAGGGAAGAAUAGAUUGGCGAUGGAAAUGACAAGAUGUUUAUUGCAUGAAAAGGGUCUUCCUAAGAAAUUUUCUGCUAAGGCAGAGUACAUUUCAGCUACUGGUGGAACCAAUCAAGCAAUUUGGUUGAGAAAAAUUUUAUUAGAUUUGGGAUAAGUCCAAAGAGAAGCUACUAUUAUUUUGGUGAACAACAAGUCUGCUAUUACUAUCACAAAGAAUCCUGUCCAGCAUGG